AUGUCCCAAACAAUUACGCAACCGCCCAAGACCGGCAACAUGGCCCAGGCCUGCGAUCUUUGCCGCUUGAAAAAGCGAAAAUGUGAUUUGAAGACGGCAGGCGCCGCGGGAGAAGCGAAAAAAGUUGUGUCCCCUCUCCCCUUCCUGGUAGGAGUGCUUGGUCUGACAAAGAGUAGGAAACAGAUGGAGAACCUAGAGGAGCGGCUCAAGAGUCUUGAGGAACUCAUCAAAUUGUCGGUCGCGGCCAAGUUGUCGGAGAACGGCCCUUCAGAACGGGUGGACGUGUUGACUCCAUCAUCACUUCCAUCGACCUCCUCUUCUGCGGAACCGACCUCAUACGUCCCAGACACACUUUUAGCAGAAGUCACAGAUAAUAGUGCUCAACCAUCACCAUCCCAGACACUGCUGCAAGCGCUCGGCCCCCACCGACUGGGAGGUAUAACGAGUGACUUCUCGUUGUCGCCAAGCAGAGAAAUCAGCCAGCUUGCGACCGACGUGGCUCAGGAAUGGAGCCCAAACCCAGAUUCACAGUUUGCCAUGCCUGCACCGGCUCUGGCUACGACGGAUGAGGAGCUUCGUCCCCAGACCCGUUAUGAUGGGUCGAAGAAGUGCUCCCUGCCGCCCGUGCAAGGCGGCCUCUUCCUGCUGCAGGAAUUCCUGGUAGAUUUUAAUGCAGCUCUUCCGCUCUUCGACCCGGCCGUUAUCACCAAAUUGUUUCAGGACUGUUAUCACGGAAGAGCCAAUGGGAAACCGAUUGAGUGGGUUGCGCUCAAGGUGGUCCUGGGAAUUGCGCACCGCUUGCGUGCUAUGAGUCCGCUGGGGGUCCCUCAAGACACAGAGAAUGCCGAAAUCUAUCUGCAGGAAUCCCUUGACACGGUCCCGGACCUGCUUGUGCUGCGACCGUCCUUGCUUCUGGCCCAAUGUUUUCUCGGCUUGGCUGUGGUGAUAUCCACGUCCUCGCGACCGUAUCCGGCGCAGAUGUUUGUCUCCUUGGCCCUACGCGUCGUCCAGGAUCUUCGGGUCAACGACCCCCAGGCGAUCCUACCCAUCAACACCGUCGACCGAGUCCAGCAAGAACGUGUUUUCUGGAUUGCUUACUUUAUGGAAGUAGACAUGAAUCUGAGGGCGGGCAGACUCCCCAACUUGCCACCACGACUGAUCAAUGUCGAAUUGCCAGGAGAGAACGAGCCAGAUGCUGCUGGGGAGAUUACUGCGGCUGACGGACAAUUCAAGGUCAAUAUCUUUCGACUCCAUGUGGAGCUUGCCUUGCUCCAGGCCGAGUUCGGGGAGCAACUUUCGCUCCUGCGUACUGCUCAAGAGUCCGAUCAAGCAGGCAAUGUCAAGUUACGUUCAAUCAACUCACGGCUGGAGGAGUGGCGGCGAAAUUGGAUCUUCGAGCUUGACGCUGAGGAUCUGCGCACAUCUCUGCAUCGGUCGGAUCUGGUUCAUGUUGUCGUCCUCGAGUCAACGUAUUUCUCGACAACCUAUGCCUUUUGGGCAGAUAUUCUACCAGCGCCGCGGACCAGAAACAAUGCCUUUUCUGCCCAAGGACUGAUUGAAGGAAUGUCGAAACAAAAAGCACAGAUUUUGCACAAGGACGCACGGAGGUUUAUCGACCUUUUGAGGUUGAUUCCGGGCGACGACAUUGCGUGCAAUUGGUUGUCGCUAGAGACCAUUGUCUCAGCACUAGUUGUCGUUCUCGCCCAUAUCAUAUUUAAUCCACCCCACGAAAGCUCAGUAUCAGACUUCGGUGUGUCCAGACACAUGCUACAAAUCCUGCAUCGACUGAGCAACAUCAGCAAAGACGACGGCCUGGUUGCCGUUCAGAAUCUAUGUGUAGAUCUGUAUCUGAGGGCCGAGAGGGUAUUGCAGGGAGACAAACCGCUGCACCGGUGA